GUGCGGAGGUGGGGCGCUGUCGGAGCGUUCCGUGCGAGGCCUUGUCGAGAGUCGUCACAGAGGGUGUCAGCGCGCCGGUGUGACCGGGGGAAAUGUCAGAGUGGCGGCGUGCCUGCUGUCAGAGGUGCUGCAGUGACUGACCGACAGAGCGCGACGCGACAGACGACAGCGAGUGACCGCGGCGGCAGACCGCGCCGGCAUGGCCAACUCGGACUACCUGGAGGAAUACAUCAGCGCGAUGGAGACGCGCGACGAGCCCGACUCGGGCGACGUGUUCGCGCAGCUGCAGCAGAAGGAGAACGACCUCAUCCUGGCGGCCGAGCUCGGCAAGGCGCUGCUGGAAAAGAACGAGGCGCUCAGCAUGGAGAACGAACGCAUGGCCGAGGACUACUCCAAACACCUGGAGGAGCUGGAGCAGGAGAAGCACGUGCUCCGCCGCAAGAUGACCACCAUGGAGAGCGAGUACGAGACACAGGUGCUUCAACUGCAGUCGGACCUCGGCACGCUCAAGCAGGAAAUGGAGGAGGAGCACCACUCGGGGAAGGACGCGGCCAAGCAGCGGUCUCAGAUCAUCUCCGAGAUCACCGAACAGAACCAGCGACUGACGCGCCAGCUCCGAGACGCCAUCAAAAACGAGGAGCAGCUGAACCUGCAGCUGCAGCAGAUGCGCAGCCAGCAGGAUCUGCGACGCAGCAGCAUGAACGACCACGUAUCGCACAUGGAGAUCAUGCGGGAUGAGAUCAACAUCCUGACGGACAAGCGGCUGGAGCUGGAGCGGCGCGUGCAGGCGCUGCUGGAGGAGCGCGAACAGUUGAACUCGCAGCUCGACGAGUCUGCCGAACGGGUGCUGCUGCUGGAGCGGCUGAGUCGCGAGCAGAGCGGGCAGCUGCGGCAGACGCAGCGGGAGGUGGGCGAGCUGGCCGCCACCAACACCUCGCUCACCGACCGGCUGGAGGUGCUCUCGCGCCACUCGUCUCCCAGCACGGCACACACGUCUCUGAUGAACGAGCUGGACAUGUCGGCAGACGAGGGCAUCAGCUCAGGCUCGCACCUGCAGGCUAACGAGGAGAACCUGCUGAACCUGGACGACGAGGUGGAGUGUGACGAGCCGCUGGUGCCACUGACCGAGGCGCAGGAGCUGCGGGAGCUGAAGCGCGAGGUGCUGGACGUGUACAUGCAGAUGAGGACGCUGACCGAGCGGUCGCGCUCCGGCCGACGCAACUCGGUCAACUCGUUGGACACGACCUCCUCUGAGGACGUACCCCUGCACAAGGUCAAGGCGGGACUACUUCAGGAGGUGUUCAAGGAGCUGCAGAGCCGCGUGCACGACCUACUGCGGCCGCGCAAGGGCGCGUGCGAGACCUGCGGCCGCGACUCCCAGCUGCAGAUGGAGAUAGACCUGCACGCCGUCCAGGAGAAGUACGACCAGCUGGACAAGCGGCACACGCAGCAGACCGACACUCUGAAGCGGCAGGCGGAGGAGUUGUCGCGCCACAUGCACCAGCUGACGAUGAAAGAAAAACAAUAUGAAGCUUUAAAGGAGGAGCGUGACAUCCUGAAGGAAGAUCUCAACAGCACACACAUGUCCAAGGAAGAGCUCAUUAAAAAGGCGUGGGAGGUGCGGGACAAGGCCGUGCAGCGUAAGAACGCCACCGAGAUCGAGCUGGCGCGCGCCAGAAUAGACGUCAUGCAGAUCAACUCCCAGCUGCUCGAGUCCAUCCAGCAGAAGGUGGAGCUCUCCUGCCAGCUGGACCAGUGGCAGUCGGACAUGCAACAGCUUCUCGACGAGCAGAUGAAGAAGAAACUGAGUCAAAUUGAGCAAGCAUCCGACUCUGAUUCGAGCACGGGAGCGACCACGCCCGGCCGACACAAAAAAUCCAUCCUGGGCAUUUUCAGCAGAUCGUAGCGCUGCGUAGUGGAACCUAAAACGACUUUACGUGUAAUACCCGCCGCUUGGUGAAGUCACUGGUGACCGAGUGCUCGUAACCCUUCCAGGAGGGAAUUGUGAUAAUGUGGAACAUUCCAUGACGAGACGGAUCAUGUGCUUUGACGUGUAUUUUCUGAUGUGUCUUUCCUCUGCGUGGAUGAAUGGCCUGAAGUUGAUUUUGACGUUAUGAAAAUCUAUUUUCAGGACAUGACGUGUGCCCGUUUUCGACCUGGUUCUGUCGUUGACGUGAGGCCGCUUCUUCCAUGGGUGGGGAGGGCUCCAAAUUCUAGGGCAGCUGCUUCCGACACUCGAUUUUGGCGCGCCACCCGCUCUUCCGUCGUCCAAGACGAUGGCUCCGCUGCCUUCUCGAUGUCGGACUGUUCCUGGCCACUGUUCGUGUCGCAGUUGUGAAUUGUGCCUGCAAUGCAUUAUGACCUCAGCCACCUGUCGGCAUGGUUGAACCGCACCAAUAAAACUGCGCCUAAAGUGACUUACGUAAGCACUCGCCGAUGGCGGAUGUUGUCAGCAAUGUAGAUGUAACUGCGUAGCUUUGUAUGAUAAUACACCAGCUGGCUCCUCGA